AUGAAUUUUCCAAAACUGAAUCCUUUAAAAUGUUCCUCAACGGUGAACUUGUUCUGUCCAAAGCCGUGUACGGUCGUUUGUCAAAAUGGUGGUCAAUGCACAGGUUCUAAUACUUGUACAUGUGCUACAGGAUGGAGUGGUGACACGUGUACACUUGCUAUAUGCUCAAGUGAUUGUCAGAAUGGUGGUACAUGUACAGCUCCUAAUACAUGUACAUGUACUAAUAAAUGGAGUGGUAACACGUGUACCACAGAACUGACAACGUCAUCAACAACAACAACGACGACGACAACCACAAAAACAACAACGAAAACAACUGCGAGAACAACCACGAAGACAACCACAAAAACAACAACGAGAACGACCACGGGGACAACCACAAAAACAACUACUAAAACAACAACAACUACAACAACAACUAAAUUAACAACCACAAUAACUACAACAACAACAACUACAACAACCACUACAACAACUACAACUACAACAACUACUACUACAACAACGACGACAACUACAACGACUACAACUACAACAACAACGACAACGACAACGACGACGACAACGACGACAACUACAACAACAGUAAAUCCAUGUAUAUCUGGCAGUUUCCUUUGGAAUAGAACUGGUACAACUGUAAUUAGUGGAGCACCAACAUAUAUAGCAGCAUCUGGUGUAUUUGUUGACUUACAUGAUAAUUUAUAUGCUGUGGAUGAGAACCGUAAUUAUGUUAUAUGGCAACUAUUGAAGAAUGCUAUAAAUGCAACAGUUAUAGCUGGAACUUAUCAGUCAUCAGGAUCGAGUAGUUCUCAAUUAAGUAAUCCUAAUGAUGUUUAUGUUGAUAAAUCUGGAAAUAUAUAUGUAGUUGAUACUAACAAUCAUCGAAUACAAAAAUUUAGUAGUGGAACAAACAUUGCUGUAACUAUAGCCGGUAUAAGCGGAUCAGCUGGAUCUGCAUUAAAUCAAUUCAAUCAACCACGAUAUUUUACUUUCGAUUUAACAGAGACAUAUUUGUAUGUCUGUGAUUAUAAUAAUCAACGAAUUUUACGUUUUUCAACAAAUUCAACUUCAGGUACUAAUGGAACUCUUGUUGCUGGUGGGACUGGAGUUCACGAUGUAACUACAUCAUUGGACUAUCCAUGGGGUAUUCAUUAUCUACCAUCGAUAAGUAGUGAUCUGUUUAUAGCAAAUAACGGUGGACAAUCAGUUAUGCGUUGGACCCCUGGUGUACCAAUGGAGAAAAUGCCAGCUGUAGCACCAGGAGU